AUGACCAACUUUGUCAACUUCACCGAAAUGUUUAAUAGCACUGUUCUGGACCACGAGAGAUUUGGAAAUCUUGAGGACAUCGAUGUCUCCGCGGAUAGAAGUCCAGUCCUCAGGAUAAUAAUCUCCAUUGUGUACUCAGUCGUGUGCGCCAUUGGUCUGGUGGGGAACUUGCUGGUAUUUUUUCUGAUGAAAGUUAAAAAGGGCAGAAAAAGCUCAACAAUUAACUUUUUUAUAUUUAACCUGGCCGUAACAGACUUUCAGUUUGUGCUGACACUGCCUUUUUGGGCAGUGGAUACCGCUCUGGACUUCAGCUGGCCGUUUGGAAACGCCAUGUGUAAAAUAAUUCUGUCGGUCACCGUUAUGAACAUGUACGCAAGCGUCUUUUUUCUCACAGCAAUGAGUAUUACGCGCUACUGGUCAGUCGCCACGGCUGCGAAGAGCAGGUUCCGUCAACCUCCGUGCUCCGUGCGUUGGGUGUGCGCAUUUCUGUGGAUUAUUGCAACUGUGGUCACAGCUCCUACGUCUAUCUUUUCAACUGUGACAAACGUUGCUGGGGAAAAGCUUUGUCUUUUGAAGUUCCCUGCUGGACAGGACUGGUUGGCUAUUUAUCAUCUUCAAAAAAUCUUAGUCGGUUUUGUUUUACCAAUGUUAAUCCUCUCGGUCAGUUAUUUGCUACUUUUGAGAUUUGUAAGAAAACGAAGCAUGAAUAACAACAAGUCAAGACGAAAGCUUAAUGUGACAAAAUCCGUGACCAUCGUUGUUCUUUCAUUUUUUCUCUGCUGGAUGCCAAACCACGCUAUUACAUUAUGGGGUGUCUUGGUCAAAUUUAAUGUUGUUUAUUGGGAUGAGAGCUACUACAUAGUGCACACGUAUGUCUUCCCCGCCACUGUAUGCUUAGCGCACACCAAUAGCUGUUUAAACCCAUUUAUUUACUGCUUAACGCGAAGAGAAUUUAGGAAGAAACUGAAGAUGUGCAUGUUUAGCUUUGUUCCUCAUUCAUCUAAGGGUUCCAUUCGGUCGAGAAAUAUGAGAGGGAUUGUCUAA